AUGAACACUUUGAACAAAGAAGUGAUGACAGAGAUAGAAGGAUUGCUCAAUGAAAUUCAAUCAAAUCCUCUUGUAAAUUCAAUAGUUCUUAUUAGUGGAAAGCCAGACAAUUUCAUAGCUGGUGCAGAUAUUAAUAUGUUAAAAGCUAUUCCUGAUGCAGAAACUGGUUAUCAAUUGACAAAGGAAGGUCAUAAAAUUCUUGAUGCGAUAGCAAAUAGUAAAAAACCGAUUGUUGCUGCUAUUCAUGGUCAAUGUCUGGGUGGAGGAUUGGAGGUCGCGUUGGCAUGCCAAUAUAGACUCGCUGUUAAUAAUAAGAAAACUAAGUUAGGAGUACCGGAAGUAAAACUCGGACUUCUUCCUGGUGGUGGUGGUACUCAACGCUUGCCUAAAUUGGUCCCCCUUACUACCGCUCUGGAUAUGAUGCUCACGGGUAAAAAUGUUAUGCCUGACAAAGCGAAGAAAAUUGGACUAGUGGAUAUCGUGGUGAAUCGUCUUGGACCAGGAAUUGGAACGCCCGAAGAAAACACGUUGCGAUACCUAGAGGAAACCGCGAUAAAAACCGCGCAAGAUCUCGCAAACGGAAGAUUGAAGAUUGAGCGAGGCCCGAAGUCUCUAAUGGACAAGAUAAUGCAACAGAUUCUGUCCAUUAACUUCGUCAAGGAUCAGGUGUUUAAGAAAGCAAAAGCACAAGUAAUGAAAAUGACGAAUGGCUUGUAUCCAGCUCCCCUUAAAAUCCUAGAGGUAGUGAGAGUUGGUCUAGAUAAGGGUCCUGCCGCUGGAUUCGACGCCGAGGCCAGAGGAUUCGGUUAUCUGGCGAAUACACCAGAGUGUAAAGGUCUUACCAAUCUGUUCUUCGGCAUGACGACGUGUAAGAAAAAUCGUUUCGGUCCACCCAAGAGUGCAGUUAAAAAAAUUGCUGUACUUGGUGCUGGUUUGAUGGGCGCGGGUAUCGUCCAGGUCAGUAUCGACAAAGGCUAUGAUGUCAUCAUGAAGGAUACUAACGAGGCUGGACUGUAUCGCGGUGUGAACCAGAUUCAAAAGGGCUUGAAUGGUGCUGUGAAACGUAAACGAAUCUCUAGUAUCGAAAAGGACAAAUACUUGUCUCAUCUCGACGCGACGUUAAGUUAUGAUUCCUUCAAGGACGCAGACAUAGUGAUCGAGGCUGUCUUUGAGGAUAUCGCCAUCAAACACAAGGUUUUAAAGGAAAUCGAAGCCAUAGUACCGAAUCAUUGCGUCAUUGCGACCAAUACCUCCGCUAUUCCUAUCACGAAGAUCGCUGCCGGUAGCAGCCGUCCUGACAAAGUAAUCGGUAUGCACUACUUCUCUCCUGUCGACAAAAUGGAACUGUUAGAAAUUAUAACACACAAAGGAACGUCCGAGGAGACGAUCAAGACCGCUGUAGAUGUCGGUCUGAAACAGGGCAAGAUCGUUAUCACGGUUGGUGAUUGUCCCGGAUUCUAUACCUCCAGAAUACUUUCUACCAUGUUAUCAGAAGCAAUUAGGCUAAUGCAGGAAGGCGUAGAGCCGAAGCAUCUGGAUAAACUAACAAAAACAUUUGGUUUCCCUGUUGGCCCAGCUACUUUGUCUGAUGAAGUCGGUAUUGAUGUAGGUGCUCAUAUCAGUGUCGAUCUUCAAAAAGCUUAUGGCGAGCGCUUUAAAGGUGGAGACGUGAAUAUUCUCGCCGACAUGGUUAAAGCUGGUUUCCUCGGACGUAAAUCCGGCAAAGGUAUAUUCAUAUAUGAAACUGGUUCCAAAAAUAGAGACGUAAAUGUUGGCGCACUGGAUAUUCUGAAGAAAUAUAAGCUUGAGCCUAAGGGUAGCAUAUCCGAUAAAGACCGCCAAAUGAGGUUGGUCUCGCGAUUCGUCAAUGAAGCAGUGCUGUGCUUAGAGGAAAAUAUUUUAGCUAAUCCCUUGGAGGGUGAUGUUGGAGCUGUCUUUGGCUUAGGUUUUCCACCAUUCACGGGUGGUCCAUUCCGUUGGUUGGAUGUAUACGGUACCCAUCGACUCGUUAAGAAGAUGGAAGAGUUUCAGAGUCACUACGGCGAAACUUAUAAACCAUGCCAAUUGUUACGCGAUAUGGCAGCAGAUUCUACGCGAAAAUUCUAUCCGAAUUAAAAAUUCGAUAGACAUACAUUAUCAGCAUCUCUCCAUGUUAAUCCGAGAAUUGUAUUAUAUUUGUUCAGGCUCAGAAAGCACCUCGAAAUAGGUGCAUAGCUUAGCUCUUUGUCAUUCUACAAUUGAAUUUGAAGUUCGCAUUUAUUAUAUCUCGUAUAUACUAAUUAGAAAGUUAUUUUAAGUUGAUAAUAUUUUUUCGUCAAAAAGCACUUGGACAUUAACAUCUUUCUAAAGAACAUUAUCACAUAAGAUUUAUUAAAGACUUAAUAAUGCCUUAAAAAUGAAAACAUCUUUUAGACGAAUGUUGUUUCAAUUUGUUUUUAGCUAAUAUAAAAUACAUGAGUAGUGUCUAGGAAUCUACAUAUAUGUUACUUAAUCAUAAUAUUUUUGUUCAUGUGCCAAUCCCAUACGUAGGAUUUUUCAGAUCUAAUCGAAUAUUUUUCAUUCUGAUAAAAAUGUAAAUGAACUUUUUUUUAUCAGAAUGAUACAUAUCGUAAUAUAUGACAUUACAUAAAAAUAAUGUUAAUUAAAUAUUAUUACAUAAAAUUAAUUAAUAUUAAAACUUAUUCUCUCGGAAAAGAAAGAAAUUUUCAAGAAUAUUAAUGAUUCAAAAUAUUCACAGAGUUUUAUAAACUUGUAUGUUUAUAAUUUUAUUAAAUUUAAUAAUAUUAAUUUCUUAAUAAUAUGAUUCUUAUUUCAUAUUUUUAGUGAGGAAAGAGUAUAUGAUCAGAUGAAAAUAUAUAUAGCUUUGUACUUAGUACAACUUUAUUCAUACGAGAUAUAAUAAUACGGCGCGAUUUCACGUGUGCAGAUCAAAUGAGAUGGGUGCUAACGUGUGUGCCACGAAUAAUGCGCCGAGGCUCUUGCGACUUCUAGAAUAUUAUAUAUAUUUUUGGACUCGGAAUUUACACGACUCGCCCAACGACUUCCCGCGAACGCAUUGUAGAUAGAUUCGUGCAUUUAUUAAUUUCGAGAGUUUUAUAUGCCGCAAUAUUUGAUACUCUUACAUACAUCUUUAUAGUACUCGUUGUAAAUUAGACGAAUCCAUAUGUAACAAUUAUACAUGUAUUUUUGCGAAAUAAAGAGUUUCUAUAUU